AUGGAGGAAAGCUCCCAGGCCUUAGACUGGGACAGCGAUGAAACCGUGAUAGAGGGGUCGGUGUCGGAGAGCGACCUGGAAGAAGGAGAGCUGCCCUGGAGAAGGUUUCUCUUUGAUCAAGAUGUAUCUCUGAGAUCUGAGUCUAGUCUUCAUCCUGGUAAAAAUGGAAUGUGCAAAGGCAUACCUUCUCCUGAAAUUCAACUUGGGUUUAAACUCAGAGAGCAUGCACAAAAGGAAAUGAAUGAAAAUAAGAUGUUGCCUCUUCUUUGUGAGGAUACAUUCUUACAGUCUCAAGAUGAGAUGGAACAAAGUCAAACUCUGUUACACAUGUCCAAAGCUCUGAGUAAAAAUGGAGACUCUCCUGAAAUUAGCCUUCUCUCAGGUACUGAUGAUACAAUGGUUACUGUGAUAGAGAAAUCAUUAAUAGAGCCAAAGAAGAAAGCAGAACAAAGUACUUUUUCUAAACCUAGAAAAAAUGUCACAUUGACCAUGACUUCUCAAGAAACUAAAGAUGAAGAAAGUUCUCUUGAGACUUUUGUGUCUGCCUUAGAAAUGUUAGCAGCAUCACCAGAAAGUGUCAAGGAGAAAAGACCAUUUGAAAUAAACAAUGAUUUUGAACCUAUAGAGUUGAUGAACUCAUUGAGUAGCUCGCUGAGUUCCACACAAACUCCUUUGAGUGACUUGUGCCUAUGUCACAAAGAUGGACUGGAAAACACAGAGGAUGAUGCAUUGCCUCCUGAGUUAUUGGAAGCCUUGAACAAAGAGUCAGAAGUCUUGGUGGGACCCAUCUGUCACAGAAAAGGGGGAGGCAGCCUUCCCAGUGCUGGCACUGCAUGCCGAGGAAUGGAGCACAGUAUCUCUCAGACUGAUGAAGAUUAUACACAAAUAUCAGAGACUCUAGAAGAUCUAGAUCAGUUUGAAUUGCAAACUUCAACUCAUCAGAAUGCCAUUUCUCAUGAUCCGCUAACUAUUAGGAGAGAUUCAAAUCCAGUGAACAGUAUCUCUGAGCUAGAAAUUCCAUGUGUGUUAAGGAGAUCAUUAAGGUUGAAAAAACUGAAUGGAGACAAAGCUGGGAAUCAUACAGAUGAUGAGUAUAAGAUGCUGGAAAAAAUGCUCCCAGAAGUACUCAGCUGUGAGCAUCGAACAGAUAAAUCUUUCACCAGGAAUUCUAGCAUGCUGGAUUCUACUUUAAUGACUGAAGGUGAAGAGAAGAAUUCAUUUAGAGGCAAGAAUGAUGAACAAAUCAGGAAAAACAAAUCUACAACAAAACAUGAAAAGAAGAAAAUUGGUAAUAUGACUCUUUCUAGUAUUAACCGGAAAAAUAUGUUUGGAGAAACCUUACUAUAUAGAGCGGCUCUGGAAAAUGAUGUUGGUCUUCUUAAACGUUGUAUAAAAAAAGGUGGAAAUGUAAAUCAGCAAAGUUAUGCUGGUUGGACAGCACUUCAUGAAGCUAGUGCAGGAGGAUUUUAUCGGAUAGCAAAUGAACUCUUAAAAGGUGGAGCAGAUGUAAAUAUCAAAGGAAGGUAUCAGAUCACCCCACUACAUGAUGCUGUGAUGAGUGGGCAUUAUAAGGUGGCAGAGUUACUUCUCCUGAAUGGUGCAGAUCCAUUAUUUAGAAGUGAGAGUGGAAAGAGUGCUUUGGAUGAAGCCAAGGAUUCACAUAUGCAACAUCUCCUUGAGAGAUACCUUCCUAAACAUCAAAGGCGCCUUAAAUAUGCUCAAAGGAAUAGCACAGACCCAUUGGAUGUAGAGGAGGGGCACCCCCAGAAGAAAACAAAAUUAUGUUCUCAAAAUUGCGUUUGCUGUGUUGAUGAAAAUUCCGACAAUCAGAAGGGAGAAUAUGUUAAAGCUGAUGAAGGAAGCAAAGAGGGUUUAUUUAUAAAUAAAGAAGAAAUAUAUGAGUAUUACCAAAAAGAUUCCAAAACCACAAAAUUUGGUAAAUUUAAGCAAAAGCAAUCAACUCUUGACCAAAUGCAUACUAAACGAUUCAGAGAGGGCAAUCUCAAAAAUGUUGAAAAUCUUAGCACGAGUAUGUCAAAUUACAAAGGAAGAAGAAACUUACAAGAUAAAAACACUCAAAUGGAUGAUAGAGAUUACAGUCAAAGAAAAACAGUCAAUGUUAUUUCUUCCAGAAGAAGAAACAAAUUGGUUUCACAUCAGCAGCAUAUUCUCCAAACACUUGAUAGCCCUUCAGAAGAGUCAUAUAAACCUUUGAGCCCAACUCUUUCAAGUUUGACAAAUGACUUCAUUAACACUAACAAGGCUUGCUCAACUUCCAAAGAAACACACACUCAGAGAUUAAAUUUAUCAGACAGACAAGAAUUACAGUUCUUGGAGUUUGAGCCCAUUGACCAAAGUGAAGUUUCUUUUUCAGGACUUUGUUUACAGAACGAAAUCAUGUUACCUCUUGAGCCCCCUCACACUGAAGAAAACCAACACAAUAGUCAUUGUAAGUUUUAUGAAAAUAGUAACUCAAGUAAAAAUGAUGAGAAACUUAAUAAGUGGAAAAAUUCUGCAUCCUUUAUAAAGGGAAAUAUUGAUGAUGGUGGUGGUGAUGAUUGCUGUACUUCUGAGAAGACUCUGGCAUCUAAAGAAGUGAUGACUUCUACAAAUUGCAAAACCCAAUCUAACUGUGAGGAGAAUAUAACAAAUAAAGAAGAACUCAGUUUUCAACACUCUUCUGAGUACCAAUUUUCAAAGGAAAAUGAAUUAAAGGCAGGUAGCCUAACCAGAUUUCCACAACAAGAAGCUGUUACUUUUCCUGAUUCAGAUAAUACACUCAUUUCUGAAGAACAUGUUGAAAAUUAUGAACACCCUAUAUAUGGAACUUAUUUUGAUCAUUCGCCUAACAUUCCUGAACAAACUUUUCUGGCUUGUAUAAGAACAUGCUCAACACAUGAAGCUUCAGAGUUGACUACUUCCAUUGAACCCUUCAGAAGGCCUCAGGAUGAUAGCCCCGGAGGACCAGUGCCUUCAGUGAAUCAGGCUAAUACACGUAUUGUGGAAAAGGUGAAUGAAAAACAAGACAAUAAAAGGAUAGCUGCUGAAAAACGUAAAAAAGUAAGCUAUUCAAGUGGGGCUUUAUCCACACUUACUCAUUCGCAAGUAAUAGAAACAUCUGAGAUUGAUAUAAGAAGACAGGACCUUCCAGAGAGUGAGACCAUACACAACGUGGAUUUUCACUCUACUGACAAUAUGAAUAAGGAAGUGAACAGCAACUCACAAUUUAACCAAAGCAGAGAGAAGACAGAUUUACCCCGAAAAGAAAUAAAAACAACUGGAAUCAAUAAAAGGAAUGCUGAAGGGGAAGGUCGACUUCAUUUAGCUGCUAAAAGAGGAAAUUUAUCUCAAGUGAAGUCAAUAAACUCUGGAGCAGAUGUGAAUAUGAAAGAUAAUGCAGGUUGGACACCACUCCAUGAGGCAUCUAGUGAGGGAUCUGAUGUAGAGUUAUUAAAAGCUGGUGCUGAUGUGAAUAGUGAAAAUCCAGAUGGAAUUAUCCCCUUACGUGAUACUGUUGUAAACAGUCUUUUAAAGGCACCUGAGAUUCUGUUACAACAUGGAGCAAAUCCUAAUCAAAAAGAUCAGAACCGGAAGACUGCUUUGGAUGAAGCAGAUGAUGGGAAAAUGAAAGAACUGCUAAAAUCUUAUGGUGCUAUUGCGACUGAUAAAGAUGAGAGUAAUACUGUAAAAAGUUGUGCUGUCCAGUCGAAAAGACCUAAGCAUUGUAUUUGUGAUGACUGCAAAACUGUGGAUCCCUCUUCUUUUUUACACAAAGAACAAACAAAGGAAUGUCUGUCUGUAAAUCAGACAAUGAAUGUCAUUCUACAAGACAUAGAAGAAAAGCAAGAAAAUUUAUUAGCCUUUGAAAUAAGAACCCCUAGUGAUGCAGAACAGUAUUUUGAAAACAUGUUGCAUAUCAAAGAAGUGAUGGAUAAUGUGAUUGUCAAACAGAAGGCAGAAAGGGAUGAUCUGGCUAAGAAAUACAGGUUGUCCAGAGAGUCAUUUAAGCAUGGAGCCCUAAGAGAUCAAUUGACCAAGUUGGCUACAAGGCAGAAAAGCCUUUUAGUUGUGGCAAAAAACCAGAAAAAAAUAAGCCUGAAAUUUCAAGACUAUAAGAAUGACACAUCAUUGCCUGGAUGUAGUUUGAGGAAACUGCCUUCUAGCCUAGAAAUGCCUAGUGGAGAUGAUUGCCCAAAGCUCACCAGUCUGGAAAAAUCUGUAGAGAUCCCCUCAGGUUCACUUAGCCCUGACAGUCUUGUUUGUAGAGACACACAAGAAGCACAAUUGUCUCAGGAAACCUGGCUUACAGUACAUAAUGACAGCCAAAAUAACAACAUUUGCCUAAAUUCAGAAGCAGUGAGAAGGGAAGAGUCUUCUGAUAAUGAAGUGACUUUGGAACAGAACAUGGGUGUCUGUGCCUUAGAUGGAUUAUCCAGAUCCAGUCAAUUGGACAGCGCUGAGAAGGUUAAAUCACCACCACAGCAUGUUUCCUUUAUUGCUCAGGCAGUUUAUUCACAAAAAGAAAAUGACCAUCUACAAACUGCAGCCAAAGAGGGUGGUUCCUACAGUUGUUCUGUAGUUACAGGCACCUUAAAUAUUCCAGAAGUCAAAAAUACACUUGUCCGUCCAUCAACUGUUAUUUGUGACCAAGUCCCUUCUAAAUAUGGUCCAAAACGAGGAAGCAAGAAAACUGUUUCCCAGCAGCCAACUAGAGCAGCAUUCGAAUUCCUAGCACACCAGAAAACUGCUGUCUGGCUCAGUGAUUCUGUGCAUCAGAUGAAACCAUGUCUUAAAAAAUUAGCAUCUUCUGUUCCAUUUGCCAGUAACGGUCAAAUCUCCACCUCUGGGGCUGGCUCUCAACAUACUGCAAAAAGAUCAUUACGAUACAAUGCAGCUCCCAAAAAGAAAUGCAUGCAGAUAAAGGAUCUGAUGUUACUAGGGAAAAUUCAUCCUGGAAAUAACAUUCUGGAAUUCAAAACACAGGAAACUACUCACAAAGCCAGUAUUUUAUUGAGUGGCAAAAUUAAGGCAGAAAGUGGUCAGAUUUAUCAAAAUCCACUUACCUGGCUUAAGGAUCUCCUAGGAGGUGACAGUUCUGUAACCUGGAAUUAUGCUUGGAGUAAGAUAACGUAUCUUGGGAAAGAGCUUUUAAAAUAUGUUUCUGAGGAAAUGGCCAUGCCUCCAGAACCAAGCAUAGUCCCACAGCAGCUUCAAUCUUACCUUCCAGAUCACAAAGAGCCCUCUCUAUCCCAAGACCAACCAAAGAUGGUUUAUAACUUAGUCUCUGACUUCAAAAAGGCAGUGGGCGAAGACUGUCUUGGAACACUCAAAGAGCCCAUACAAAGUUACCUACAUUACCUACAAAUAAAUGAAAUACUAUUAAUCAGUGAUCAAGAAUUUCUACCAUGCCAUAUAAUGGAUAAGCAUUGGAAGUUCUAUGCAGAAUGUGAAGAACUCAUGUUCUAA